CCGGCGUAAAACAACAACAACAACAACAGCGCACGUGUAGCUUCCCGAUCAGCUGAUGAAGUAAACAACUUCUUUUCCUUCAACCUUUAGAUAAUGAGAUAGUAGAAACUCAAGCCAUUUCUACCUGCUGAAUGCCCCAGUCAUGUUACGAAUAGCAGUAAGAACAUGUACAAAUUUUCCAAACCAAUGGCAAUACUCAACAAGGAGGUGGAUCCACACCUCUAGGGUUAUGCGAUCUGUUGUUCCAGUGUUUCGACGAGCUGAACAGUACCAUGAUCAUGUAGCAUUAACUGACCAGCAUGGUGAACAUACCUAUAGUCAGAUUUAUAGGUUCAGUGGUCACCUGGCUCGCCUAAUGCAGGAUGUCCUAGGAAAAGACAGAGUACAAGAGAGAGUAGCUUUCCUGUGUCCCAACGAUGUAUCCUAUGUCAUUGCUCAAUGGGGAACGUGGAUGGCAGGUCACAUUGCUGUUCCUCUGUGCCCAAAACACCCACAUCCACAGUUAGACUAUGUUGUGAAGGACUGUCAGGCGUCGGCUAUCAUUACCACUUCUGAUUUAGCACACAAGAUCAAGCCAAUUCUCUCAGGGCAACAGGUUAUAGUCUUAGAAGAGUAUUUUUAUAAACAGUCCCCUGUUAGCAAAGAAAAUGAAGGCAGUCCAGAUGCAAGCCCUGAGUCCAUAACAGAAGAGAGUUCAACAGCAGAGUGGUAUGGCUUGGAUAAUGAAUUUUACUCCUUGAGCGAUGCUAUGAUUCUGUACACAAGUGGCACAACAGGACCCCCCAAAGGUGUUGUUUUGAGUCACAAGAAUGUAGCUUCACAGACAAGUUGCCUGAUCCAAGCAUGGCGUUGGACCUCUAGUGAUUCCAUCCUGCACUGCUUGCCGCUCCACCAUACCCAUGGCAUUGUCAAUGCUCUUUUAUGCCCACUACAUGUGGGUGCCAGAGUUGUCAUGUUACCAGAAUUUUCUGCAUCAAAAGUUUGGAGUCAUUUGCUUUCCCUGGACACCCCAGUCAUGUCACGAGUGAACCUCUUCAUGGCUGUACCGACAAUAUAUGCGAAACUGAUUGAGGAAUAUGAAGAUAAAUUAGUGAAGAAUACUAGAAUGAUAGAGUACGUGAAGGCAAUUUGCAUGCAGAAUAUAAGGCUCAUGGUAAGUGGCUCCGCAGCACUGCCUGUGCCCAUCCUGGACCAGUGGAGGAACAUCACAGGCCAUACACUCCUGGAACGCUAUGGGAUGACGGAGAUAGGAAUGGCCCUGUCUAACCCCCUAAAAGGAACUAGAAAGCCAGGUUUUGUUGGAACACCCCUCCCAGGAGUGGAAGUAAAGGUUGCCAAGUUCAUUCCUGGGAAAGAGGAGUAUGAGGUUCUUUGUGCUGGGAACAACCAGGGAACCAAGGUCUUCACUGAUGGGGAGGCUGGUGAGCUUCUGGUAAGAGGCCCUAAUGUGUUUAAAGAAUACUGGAAUAGGCCUGAGGCUACCAAGAAGGAAUAUACUCAUGAUAAGUGGUUCAGGACAGGGGAUACUGCACAGUACAUAGAUGGAGCCUACAAAAUCUUGGGGCGGACUAGCGUGGACAUCAUCAAGAGUGGUGGGUUUAAGAUCUCAGCCCUUGAUGUGGAGCAGCACCUCUUGGAUCAUCCUCAUAUUGCUGAAGUGGCUGUGGUUGGGCUUCCAGAUAUCACAUGGGGACAAAAGGUCGCAGCUGUCAUUGUAUGGCAGAAGAAAGAGCCCCUUGAUCUGGUGAAGCUUCGUAACUGGGCACGGGAGAGGAUGCCCCACUAUCAGGUACCGUCCGUGGCUAUAACCAUAUCAGAACCCUUGCCACGCAAUAAUAUGGGGAAGGUCAACAAGAAGCAGAUUGUGAUGGAUUUCUUUCCAGAUAGUAUGAACCAGCAGUAAGCUGGCUUUGUGUGUUGAGGGUAUGGGUGACUGGCUGUGAGGAGGUUCUUUUAGGGUAUGAGUGGGAUUUUGUUUGUAGGUGUGAUAUUGGCAACAGUUAUUGUCCUUUCAGUCAACCUCAGGGUUGAUUGAAGUUGAAUUUAGUCAAAGCAAAGAAUAAGAUAAUGUAGAGGCAGCUACUGUCUAUAGAGAAAAGCAGAGCUUUGGUUAAUUUGACAGUGUUACUACAUUUUAUUUUACCUUAAGGUACUGUACCACAGUUGAAUGUUUAACUGAUGCCAGUUACUCUUGUCAGGUAUGGCUUAAGGUAUAUUUACUGGUUCUGAGAAAGGUCCACAGGUCUAGUUAUGCUUGUUUCUUAUGUGCUUUAUUUUUUCUUCUUUUUAGUAUAAUGCAAUGCUGAUAAAGUUAUUGUUCAGCCAUAUUUCCAAGUAGGUAUUCUAUGAUAUAAAAUAAGGAAUACUUCAUGACAUAUGACUGUUAGCUGCUAUUGGUGCUUCCCUGAAGGUGGAAGGUAUCCAUAGAUCAAGGUACCUAUGCAUUCAUGUUUUUCCUUUGGCCUCCUUCGUAGCUUCUGUAUUAGGAAUGUUAUUGAUCUCAGUUGGACUAUGGAGAGACCAAUAUAAGUUUAUUUUAGUUUUCAGCAGGAAUCAUCAGAACGCUGCAUACAUCAAUAUACUGUAGUAACAAACAGACUGAAGACAUAUUGUCAAACAAAUAUUACUGUUUGUCUUGAAGUACAGUAUACAAGACCAGGAAAUCAUGUCUAUAAAAGCAGCUGAAAGUAUGCUGAUUUUCUUCUUCUUCUUUUCUUUUCUUUUCUUUUUAGAUUAACAUGUGUAUAGUAGUAUAGAAAUCAUAGUUGGACAGUGGAAGGUAAAUCUAACAGAAAUAUUCCAGAAGCCUUGGAGUGUAACAUUUUCAGUUUAGAAUUGCAAAUGCCUUUGCAUUGUGUGAAUGAGAUUCCAGGAUUUCCCACCUCUCAGUAUUUAAAUAUAAUGGAUUCUGUCUGUUCCAUAUUCAGUUUCAAAUGUACUGGACUACUUUUUUAAAAACUAAGAUAUAUAUUUUAUAACACAGAAAAGCCCAGUCACUGCUAUUGAAAUUGUGUUUAAGAAUGAAGUGUAAGGAAAGUGCAACGAUGAUCUUACAUACAGGAGUGUUGGUAUGUACUGAAAUUUCCUUGUUUAUUUUCCUGUUUUUCCAUAUGACCUCCAAAAAGCCAUACAACCAUAUUAAAAACAGCAGCUUAAUAUAGUACGUAGGGCCAGUUAAGAAUAUUUUUGGAUAGGUUAUCUAUCUCCCAUACUUUUUAUGUUAUGUAUCUGACACUCAUGCCGUGAUUAUUUAAACAUCAUUUUGUGUCUGUGAAGAAAAGGAAACAAAUAUAACAGCAACAUUGUAGUUACAUUUUAAUUUUUCACUGCUAAUUAUAUUAUAAUCUUAUGAUGUGCAAUCAAUUUUAGGUGCCUUAAAAAUAAAUGGAUUUAGUGUAUAAGACUACAUUAAUGCAAGGAAAUCACUUUGGUUCCCCUUUUUCAUUUAUUAUUUGAAAAAAUAUAUAUUGUAUUAUGAACCAUGCUGAUGUACAAAGGUUGACCUUUGAUGUUUUUUCUGUUAUUUUUAUGAUUAAUGUAAAUUAUUUACUGAUGUUAGGAGAGCUGGCUAUGAGUUAAGGUGGGACAUUAGUUGAUCAUGAAUAUUCUUUUGAAUAUGAAAUUAAAAGUUUAAAAAUAUGAUUAUGGCAAUAAUCAACAUUUUAAACAUGUUUAGUUUAAUUAUCAUAUUGAUAAUAACGAUAAUGAUAUUGAUAAAGAUUCUUAUUAUUUUUAUUAUUAUUAUAAUUAUAACUCAUUAUAUUUUUUUCUAUAAUAAUGAUAAUAAUAAUAAUAAUUAUUAUUAUUAUUAUUAUUAUUAUUAUUAUAUAUUAGUAUUAUUAUGAUUAUGAUUAUGACCUUCAGAUUAUCAGGAGAAUUGAUGGGUGUUCCUAUGGCAGCAGGUGCAAAUAUCGAAGAUUACAACAUAGGGAAAAGUACUUAACAGGGAAAAUAAAAAAGUGAUUGGAGAAUGCUUUAAGGGAAUGGUGGUUUCUGAGAUCUGUUACCAUUAGGUGCUGGUCAGAAUUACUUCUGUGGUGUGACUGCAGGUAAAUAAUUAUUCUGCUGCAGUAUAAAAGGGCACUAAAAUCUGUUCAAGUGGAAAGCAAGUGCUACUGUAUGGAGAACCAGUGGUACAAUUUUAAUGUACUGUAUAUGAUUCAGUGAUUGUGGAAGAUGUCUUAUUUAUUUGACUCAAGGUUUUGUAUGUGUGAUUCUAGUGAUGUGAAGAGUGAUUGGUGAUUGGGUUCUGAAAGAUUUGCCAUACACUAUAAAUUUUUUUUUUUUUUUCUUUUUUUUUUUUUUUUUUUUUACUUUAGUUAGUAAGACUGAAGGUGAUUUUGUCCAACCCGAAGUGUUGUAAAACUAUUGUGGAGCGAAUAUGUAGGUUGUAAAGCAGUAGGGAAGAAGUUGACAUUUUAAUCAUAAAUUGUUAUAUUGUUCGCGAAUAAUAACCAACUGAAUUGUUAGAAACAGAGAGCAAAAGUAUUUAUUUUGAAAAUAAAGUAUCAAGGAUUGAUUUAUAUUUUUCAGAGAUUAAGGCUUAGUUGAAACAUAUCUUUAUAAACUAUUUUAGUAAGAUAAGAAUGAGACAAGAAUAAGUGCAUUUUAGUUGAGAAAGAGAUGUUAUAAAACUAGACUUUGUUUGUCAUAGUGUGAAUGUCUCUAAACUCAGGUGACAUUUUAUAAUAAUAUAUUGGUACUCUUUUGUUCUGAACCAAUAUACAGUAACUAACCAAAAUACAUAAUUUAGUAUAUAAUUUUCUACAACCUGUUGUAUCUCUUAUAGAUCAUAUAUAUAAAGGUUUUAUGUAGUAUAUUGAUCAUACAUGUUUUAUGAUUAAGUUGAUAUAAAUAAAAUGUUGCCAAAUGUACAAUGGAAAAUAAACUCAACUGAUGAUGAUGUGUGCAACAUUGCAUUGUCAGAUACUAGACUGAAGUAAUUGUAAAGCAGUGGUCCUAUAGAUAUAUUGUUCUUAUUAUUCUUAUUGUUAUAUUUUCGCAUAGUCUUCUCUUGACCAUCAUCAAGCAAGAAAUACAGUACAAUAAUGUACAACUUAUAUCAAUAAAAUGAUACUGUGAUUUACA